GUGGGAGUGAGGGAUAGGGAAUAGAAAAUAAUCAGCAGUGGUGGUGCGAGAAGGGUUAUCAAACCCUUCGAUUUUCUAAUGAUAGGAGAUGGAUAAGGACGUGAAAAAGAUGACUGAGAAGAUCUUAAAUCACACCCUAGAGAUCAUCUACUUGCUGACUGGGAAGUAUUUGAUAAACUCACUGAUUGUGCAAGAGGUGAACAAGGACCAAAAGCAAAUGACAGAGAGAAUAAUGAAUCAUGUCAUGGAGAUCAUCUACCUGCUGACCGGUGAGGAGUACACUGUUGUGAAGAAGACGUAUUCAGACAGCAGCAUUCAUCAGCUGAUUGGAGAGGUGAGCACUGAUAUCUCUAUAAGGUGUGAUGAUGUUGCAGUUUGUUUUCCUAUGGAAAAGUGGGAAUACACAGAAGGUCGCAAAGAGCUCUGCAGAGAUAUGAUAGAGAAUCAACAGACGCCCAAUACUCUGGGGAUCCCAACAAGCAGAACGUCUGGUGAAGAUAAGACGAGAAAUAUGUUAAAUAUUGACAAACCUGAAGAUAUUUGUGCAAGGAAGCAGCUGAAUGCUUUGGAACACAAAAUCUGUGAUAUGAGUACAGGUGAAAUUAAAACAGAAGUUGUAUUAAACCUUGGCGAAAGAGAAGAUGAGUGUGUAAGAAAACAACUGCAAGCUCCAGAGGAGGGAAUCUGUGACCGUAUCAGCACUGGUGAAAUUAAGACUGAAGCCUUAUUAAGUGACGAGCAGACAGAAGAUCUGUAUGUAAGGAGCCAACUGGAUGUUCCAGAUCACGACAUCUGUGACAAUGUUAGCACAGAUGGGUCCUUGAACUGGAAUGUCUCAGAACAUGCAGUUUCUCAUAUAAAGAAAUACAGUGAAGAGGAUGAAAGUGUAUCACAUAUUUAUGCAAAUUAUUCUGAAACAACCUAUAAUUAUAAUGACUUUAAUUUACAAGAACACGAACAAACCAUAAACAAAAGGAAAAAAGAAUAUAAUUAUUCUGAAGACUGCAAUUUCCUUUCAACUGAAACAGACCUUGUAAACCAUAGUUUCCUAAAUAAGAAGAGUAAUACAGAAGAAAAAAAAUAUUCUUGUUCUGAUUGUGGGAAAAGUUUUACUCGACAGUCGCAUCUUAUUACACAUCGGAAUAUUCAUACGGGGGAAAAACCAUUUUCAUGUUCUCAAUGUGGCAAUUGUUUUACAGCAAAAUCAAACCUUGUUCAACACCAGAAAAUCCACACUGGAGAGAAACCAUUUUCAUGUUCUGUGUGUGGGAAAUGUUUUACGCGGCAAGCGCAUCUUAUUACGCACCAGAAAACUCAUACAGGAGAAAAACCAUUCUCAUGUUCUGAAUGUGGAAAAUGUUUUACAGAGAAAGCAACCCUUCUUAAACACCAUAGAAUCCAUUUAGGAAAGAAACCGUUUUCGUGUUCCCAGUGUGGGGAAUGUUUUCAUUUUCAGUCACAUCUUUCAAAUCAUAUGAAAACUCAUGCAGUACAGAAACCAUUUUCAUGUUCUGAUUGUGGAAAAUGUUUUAACUGGCAAUCACAACUUAUUGCCCAUCAGAAAACUCAUACAGGAUAGAACUUUCAUGGUCUUAAUGGAGAUAUUGUUUACAGAGAAAUUAAGCCUUAUUAAGCACCAGAAUAUUCAUACAUAAAAUGUAAGUGACAUUUAAACUAAAAAUCCUUAAUUAAUUUAAUUAAUGAACAUGAAUCAUUGCAAUAUACGUUUAUUAUUUAUUUUCCUUGCUUUUACUGUAAAAUACCCCUGGAACUUGUUCUUCUUUCAUGCCUAGUACAGAGGCUCGAGUUUAUAGUGUGUAUUUUAAGUAUGCUGCAAAUUGGUCCAGCUACACACUGUACAGUAGACGUGUAUAUAUUUGUUUUGCAAAUCAGGAGUAUCUACAUCAUUACAUGCAGGUGAUGUUAGGGGGCGGAGCCACAAAUAGUUUGCUCUACAAUAGCCGUUAUUGGAACAGCGGGACUGUUGAACGCAAUCUACUACCAUCUGUUAAGAGAAACGAUCGUGGACAGUGUUGAUUGACUGUAUUAUAUCCGCACCCUUAUACACACCAUUUUGCACAUUAUAUUGGCAGUAUUUUAUAUAUUUUAUAUGUUUUAAUAAAUAUUUUUGCUUUUUUAACAGUAAA